GUCCACAGCAGUCCACAGCAGUACACCUACAUAGUGCUGUGCAUAGAGGACACGAGGCUAGACAACGAGAACCUAGACAAGAAGAUGUCUUCCGCUCUUGUUAGGGCCCUUUCGGUGGGAGCACGGGGUUUCCCUGCCGCGGGGGCAGGCAGGAGAGUGGGUGAAGUGGCCGCGAGAGGGAGAGGAUUGAAGACGAACCCGUACGUCGAGGAGUGGAUGGGGAAGCGAGAAAUUUCGGAGAAGACAUUCACCUUUACGCCCAAGGUCUCCCUCGGACUCUUCAUGGCCAUCGUCGUGUUCCCCGUGGUAGUGUACAGGAACAUCAAGGCCGGCAUGGAGACCAAGGACGCUCAGGAGGGGCGGAAACGAGAAUACUUCUAAGAAGCGAGAGUGCUUCUACGAAACGAGAGUACUUCUAGGAAGAGCACGAAGAAGCUGUUCUCCUGGAACUAACAACAAUUUACGUAGAUCAUGCUUCUUUUUUGUCGGCAGGACGAAUGGGUUUUCCAUGGAAAGGCUGCGUUUUUGUUGCUAGGGGAACCAGGGGACGGUCGUGGUGUGGUGCCCGCACAAGUUUGGCAUGCGCCAAACGACGGAAUACCGCGUUUAGGAAGAAAAGGGAGGGGGAGGGUGGGAAGGGGCGUUUGAAGAAACUUACCCCCCCCCCCUCCCGGUCUACUCUCAAUCAGGGUGAGGAUGUUCACAGAAUGAGCUAAGAGAACUUCGAAAAGUUAACAAUCGCCGUGUUUUUUUUGUUUUCUUGCUUGUGAGAAUCUGGUGGUCGAGACCGCGCUCUGUGUAAGGGCUCUUGUGUUCGUUCUGGAACACGAGGCCCCACCAGAUCGUCUUGCUGAAGUGGGAGGAAGAUGGGAACAUCUUGCCGCACGAGUAUCUGCGCCCGCGGAAAAAAUGCGGCGAGUUUCCCUUUCACUGAUCCGUCGUAGAAUCUCGUGAGCUCUGGUUGUGCGAGACUUUUCAUUUCGCCAGUGCGUGGGCAUAUGCGCAGAGCACGGAGAUGUGCGAAACCGGUUCUCAUCCUUUUUCCUCCACAAGAUAUGCAAAUGCUCUAACACUGCUGUGGUUGGCAGGGUGCACGGCCUUGUUUUCU